AGGGUGAGAGAGUGAGGGAACACACAGGCAGACAGGGCACACACACACACAUACACACGCGCGCGCGCGAGAGAGAGAGAGAGAGAGGAGAAGAUGUCGUCGACUCUGCUGGAACAGACGAGAGCAGCACACGAGGAGAUCGAACGGCUGGAAAGAGUGAUAGUACGAGAUUUGCAGCAGGAGAUGAAGACGCACAAAGAUCGGCUUCAUCAGAGUCAUCGAGUGAAGAGCUGGGUUGAAACGAUGAUGGACAGCAGUGGGCGACUGGCGGACAUUUAUGACGACAAAGACCAAGCACGAAAGGAGGAAAUUGUGGCGCUAGGUGGGCAAGGUCUAGGGGGGCAGACUGUGUUCAGCGCAUUUUAUGACAGGAUGAAAGAGUACCAGGAUUAUCUGGAGGAAGUUGUUGCCUAUUUGCAGUCCUUCUACACGAGAACCCAACCACUACAGGACAUCGACAAGAUGAUUGCUAAGGUAGAGGCAGACUUUGAGAGCCGCUGGAACGCAGGUGGUGUGCAGGGGUGGGAAGACAGAGCAGUUUUGAGAAGCAGUCAACAAUCACAAAAUGGGAACGCUCCUCCUCAUGACAUUGAUCUGAACAUUUACGACACAGUGGAUAAACUACUUGAGAUAAGGCCAGAGAGAUUAAAGGAGGCUCUGGCAUCGCUGGGACUAAAGGUUGGAGGAACCCCUGAGGAAAGGGCCCGAAGGCUACUGUUGACGAAGGCAACCGUGGAAAGUGAGUCAGAUGAUGAAGAGCAGCAUAUCUAUAAUCCGCUCAAGUUACCGAUGGGCUGGGACGGGAAACCGAUUCCCUAUUGGUUAUACAAGCUUCAUGGGCUGGGGCAGGAAUUUCAAUGUGAGAUUUGUGGCAAGUACAGCUACUGGGGCCGCCGCGCUUUUGAACGACACUUCAAGGAGUGGAGGCAUCAGCACGGAAUGCGAUGUCUCGGAAUCCCCAACACGAAGAAUUUCCACGAGAUCACACAGAUCGAAGAUGCGAAGAAGCUGUGGGAGAAGAUCAAGGCGAAUUCUGGAGUCAACACGUGGAAACCGGAUGUGGAGGAAGAGUGUGAAGACGGGGAAGGGAACGUGUAUAAUAGGAAGACCUACAUGGAAUUGCAGAGACAAGGCUUGGUCUAAGUCCAUCCAUCUGUCAUCGCUCCUCCGCAGCCUUUGAUUCAACUCACCUGCAACGGCCCUGAAUGCCUCACAUG